GGCACAGGAGCAGAUCAGGAGAACAGCUGCGCAGGGAGGAUGGCUUUCGUGGCGCUGCGCUUGGUACUGUUGCUCCUUGCGGGGGACUUCGCAGCCUCUUCGGAUGCUGAGCCUUCAGAGUAUAAAACACCAGACUGUGAUCGAUAUAGGUUACCAGGAUGUCCUAGGGACUUUAACCCUGUGUGUGGAAGUGACAUGACCACUUAUCCCAAUGAAUGUACUCUGUGCAUGAAAAUCAGGGAGGAUGGUCAUGAUAUCAAGAUCAUCCGAAGUGAGGCGUGCUGAUGGGUCGGUCUUCAGAAGAGAGGAUGCAUGAGACCGCCUUCCUCCACGAAUAAAUCCCAUCCCCCCCUUUUCUCUUUUCCUAUGCUUCAUUACCUCACCUUUUCUGAGAGGAGGUGUGGAAGAAGAGCUAUGUGUAUUGAUGGCUAAUUGUAAGAAUGUCUUGUUCUUGGCUUUUGCCCUUCAGCUCAGCCGACUGCCCAGGUGACUUGUGCAUUGCUUCCUUUAAUUGGAAUAAAUCAGCAUUGAAUUCAA